GUUGAAACGCGGCGAUGACGGGCAGAGUCUACGGUGGGACGGAGUAGGACUGCAAAUGGAUCUGAAUAUCUGUUUGUGUCGCUUAUUUGCAGUUUGUUUAAAGCCGGAUGAAAGAAUACUCCAUCCCCUACAUGUUCGUUCUCUUCUAGAGCUUCUUCUAAGAAUUCAAUGUCAUAACCCAGAGUGAGACGUUUCCAAACAGGAAGUUAAACAAGUACGUCGCCGUCUUGAGCUUCUCUGCUCUCAGUGGACUGAGCCUGUGAUUGAGUGAGAAGAAAGGAAAGGAAAGGAUUGGCUGGAAGAGAGCCAGACUCCUUCACUGGGGCUAUGGAGGAGGAGGGGCAGCAGAGCUUGGAGUGCAUCCAAGCCAAUCAGAUCUUCCCCAGGAAGCCCCCAGUCCUGGAGCAAGAUGACCUGCAGGUGCCCUACGCUGAGCUGCAUGGAGAGUUCACGCAGUAUGUGGGGAGAGCGGAGGACGCCAUCAUCGCCAUGUCCAACUACCGGCUGCACAUCAAGUUCAAGGAGUCCAUCGUCAACAAUUGUUCGUGCGAAGUGUCAGUUCCUCUCCAGUUGAUUGAGAGUGUGGAGUCUCGGGACAUGUUCCAGCUGCACAUCACCUGCAAGGACUGCAAAGUCGUAAGGUGCCAGUUCUCCACACUAGAGCAGUGUCAGGAGUGGCUGAAGCGUCUGGUGGCUGCGAUUAGACCUCCAGCCCACCUGGAGGAGCUGUUUGCCUUCGCCUACCACGCCUGGUGUGUGGACGUCUACACCGGAGAGAAAGAGCAGCAUGGACAGCUCUGCAGGCCAGGCGAUCACGUGACCUCUCGCUUUAAGAGCGAAGUAGAGCGCAUGGGCUUCGACACUCAAAACGCCUGGAGGGUGUCCCACAUCAACAGCAAGCACAAGCUGUGCCCCAGCUACCCUCAGCAGCUGCUGGUGCCCGCGUGGAUCACAGAUAAGGAACUGGAGAACGUGGCAGCCUUCCGCUCAUGGAAGAGGAUCCCAGCUGUCGUCUACAGGCACCAGAGUACGGGCGCAGUGAUUGCACGGUGUGGUCAGCCGGAGGUGAGCUGGUGGGGGUGGCGUAACGCGGACGACGAGCACCUGGUCCAGUCCAUCGCCAAGGCCUGCGCAGUGGACAGCAGCAGCGCUCUCAAACCCCUCACACACAGCUCCUGCUCACGGGACUUCUCCAACGGCACUGACCUCUCUGACACGGACUUUGAGUCGUCCAUGACCAACAGCUCAGAGGUGGAGAGUUUGGCCAUCCAGCCUCAUAAGCUGCUGAUCCUGGACGCCCGCUCAUACGCCGCCGCAGUGGCCAACAGAGCCAAGGGAGGAGGCUGUGAAUGCCCAGAGUACUACCCCAACUGUGAGGUGGUGUUCAUGAGCAUGGCCAACAUCCAUUCCAUCCGCAAGAGUUUCCAGGCUCUUCGCUUCCUCUGCACACAGAUGCCUGAUCCAGCCAACUGGCUGUCUGCCCUGGAGAACACCAAGUGGCUGCAGCACCUCUCCCUGCUGCUGAAGGCGGCUCUGCUGGUGGUGAACACCGUGGACCGAGACCACCGGCCUGUUCUGGUCCACUGCUCCGACGGCUGGGACCGCACGCCACAGAUCGCCGCCCUUGGCAAGAUCCUGCUGGACCCCUACUACCGCACCGUAGAGGGCUUCCAGGUGCUGGUGGAGACCGAGUGGCUGGACUUCGGCCACAAGUUCGCUGACCGCUGUGGACACGGCGAGAAUGCUGAGGACCUGAAUGAGCGCUGCCCGGUCUUCCUGCAGUGGCUCGACUGCGUUCACCAGCUGCAGAGGCAGUUCCCGUGCUCCUUCGAGUUCAACGAGGCCUUCCUGGUGAAGUUGGUGCAGCACACAUAUUCGUGUCUGUACGGAACGUUUCUAUGCAACAGUGGUAAGGAGCGGGAGGAGCGGCUAAGCCAGGAGAAGACCUGCUCCGUGUGGUCACUACUGCGGCCUGCCAACAGAGCUUUCCGGAAUAUGCUCUACUCCUCGCACUCUGAGACCGUAUUGCACCCUGUGUGUCACGUGCGGAACCUGUUGUUGUGGACGGCGGUCUACCUCCCCAGCUCCUUGCCCACCACGCCUUCAGAUGACUCCUGUGCCCCCUACCCCAACCCCGAGGACCAGCCCCUGGGCAGGCGGUCAAAGACGCGGUCGUUUGACAACCUUCCGAGCGCGUGCGAGGUGUUUCCCAACCGCCGCUCGAGUGACCCCAGCCUGAACGAGAAGUGGCAGGACCAUCGACGGUCUCUGGAGCUGAACAUCGGAACCGGAGCGGAAUCGGACCAGGACGAGAGGCCUGCCGGGCAAAACGGAACGCUGGUCGGACCUGCUGGGCUGAGAACAGGGCCGGUGGACAGAGCGCAAGACGAGAGCGAGGAGAACAUGGAGAACGUGGAGAACAUGGAGAACGUGAUGGUCAACGGCACGAGGACAGGAAGGCUGAAGGGGGAGGGGCUAAACGCAGAGGAGGAGGAGCCAGCUGUGUCCGUGGGCGUGACUGCGGGGCAGAUGGGGAACGUUCUGCAGGAGGCAACGGAGGAGAAGGCCAACGCCCGCGGCGGCAGGACGGUCGCGCACGGAGGGGAUGUCUAUCCGAAUAGAACCACGGAUGCGAUGGACAGCGUCACCAACAGAGUGACCUCUCCUGAGGACGAGAGCCGUGAGGCCCUGAAACCCACAGAUGCUGGACUGAAUCCAAACGACGUGCACGCACACGCUGUUAACGGCGCCCUCGCCGACGCUCCCACCCCAGAGCCCCAGGGGGCGACAGAGAGCCAGGAAGCACCCUCUGCCCCCUCCCUCCGCACGCACGCCGCCCUCAGGACUAUGAGCAAUGGCGGAGCGGGAGCAGGACCGGCCGAACAGCCGGACAGGCCGGACCAGCCGCCGCCACCGCCAGAGUCGCUGGACAAGAGGCUCUCCCUGCUGGAGAGCUCCACAGAGACGCUCACCGAGGAGGGGACCAAUCCCGCGCCCCGCCCAGACUCCCUGGCCCCCGCGAGAGCGGACGGCCCCGAGCCCGACGCCAACCCGGAGCUGGGCCCCUCCCAGCGUCCUGCUCUCAGUGCCUUGGCCCCCGUGCCGCCCGCCCAGGACGACUCUCGGCCCCCCCACCCCCCCUGCAACGGCGGCGAGAGCUGGGAGCCCGAGCCGGGCACCCCUCAGUGGGCGCGGAGCAACGGCGAGCGCGCCCCCCCCCUCAGCCGCCAGCUCUCGGCCGCCAGCUGCGGCUCCCUGACGCUCCAGUACGCCUCCGCCGUCGCCGCGGCAACGCCGCCGCCCGCGUGCCCCUACCUCCCACAGCAGCACCGCGCCAGCUGCUCCCAGCACCACCACCGUUGCUGCCCGCACGGCAUCAUGGGAAGGCCCGCGACCGCCACGGCCACGACGGUCGCCAGCCCCUCGGAGGCGGGUCCGAGCCAGCGCAGCCACCUGGACGAGGACGGGCUGGCGCUGCACACGGACGUGGUCCAGCAGCGUCUGCGGCAGAUCGAGGCCGGGCACCAGGCCGAGGUGGAGACGCUGAAGCGGCAGGUGCAGGAGCUCUGGAGCCGCCUGGAGAGCCAGCAGGCCGCGGGGGGGCUACGCCUGAACGGAGACCUGGGGGACGAACUGACCUCAAUAGCGGACUCCGACUUCAAUCAGGACCCAAACUGCCUGUCGCGCUGCAGCACAGAGUUCUUCUCAGAAGCCAGCUGGGAGCAGGUGGACAAGCAGGACACUGAGGUAACGCGGUGGUACCCUGACCACUUGGCGGCUCAGUGCUACGGCUGCGAGAGCAGGUUCUGGUUGGCCACCAGGAGACACCACUGCAGAAGCAAACCACCUGUAGAAGAGGCCUGGAACUGUGGGAAUGUGUUCUGCGGUAGCUGCUGCGACCAGAAGAUCCCAGUGCCGAGCCAGCAGCUGUUUGAGCCCAGCCGCGUGUGCAAGAGCUGCUUCACCAGCCUGCAGGCCGCCGCCACGCCCAAACAGAUGGAGCUGGAGCGGCCCAUCACCGCCAGCUCCAACUAGCCUGCACACACACACCCACACACCCACCCAGCCCUCAGCCCAGCCCAGCCCAGCCCGCCCCGCCUCAGCCAUGGAAGCCUGUGGGGGGCAGCCUGGCUCCACAGACCCCCUUACCCCCCCUCGUGGCCUUGGCGCUCGGCAGUGGAGGAGGAGGAGGAGGAGGAGGAGGAAGAGUGGAGGAAGGACGGCAGAAGGAGUCUGUUUUUGUUUAGUUUGUUUUCCUUCUUGUUUGUUUGUUUUGCACAGACAGGACAGUAGUGGUGCUCUGGACAGCUGGGACUUUCCUGCUCCUGGGGGAAAAGGAACUUAGUGUGUGUGUGUGUGUGUGUGUGUGUGUGUGUGUGUGUGUGUGUGUGUGUGUAUGUGUGUGUGUGUGAAAGAGAGAUACUGUAUGACCAUAUAGAAAUGAAUGAGGGGAGGGGAGUGGAAUUGUUUGGACAUGUUUGUUUGUCACCGAUGCCGAGCACUUUGGGUGGCCAGUGUGUGCAGGGACAUGGUAGCAACACACACACACACACACACACACACACAGCCGCUCAGGAGUGUUGGUUAAAGCAGGAUAUAUUGGGAGUAAGGAAGAUCAUUAACACACACUGCUCUAUCUGAGACCUGGCUCUGUUUUAGUACAGGGUAGUAACAUUCGGUAGAUUGUGAGACACUUUCAUCUGAACUGACCGGCCUUUGGACUGUCUCACUGACUAGCACAGUGUUCCUGAGUGUUUAAAUCUGACCGACUGACUGGUUGUUGAGAGACUGUACAACUGCUCUAUGGCCGUUUGACUUGGUUCCUCUUUAUCUGGGACUAUAAUUGUGACUGCACAUUUUGUUUUGAUUUGUUAAUGGCAAUCUGACUGUGUCUCUAUGGUUUGGGACGGGCUAUUUUACUCUUUUUACUGACUUGUACUGCGCUUGUCUGACUCUCUAACUCUGACUGACUGACUGACUGACUCAGACAGACAGAAACUGGCUGUGUUUCAGGUGUUAUGACUGGCAGUCUAUUAGUAUUUGAGUUCGUAGUAAGUAUUUCAGUCUCAGUUACUGGCCCUUUAUGACGGACUGACUGUGUGUGUGUGUGUGUGUGUUUUAAGUCAGCCCACACUGUGUGCUUAGGUAACUGAUUGGACCGAUGGAGGAGUUGAUUGAGUGCUCUCAGCAGUUAGGAGGUGUGUGUUAAUGCUCCCGAAGAAGGGACGAACAGGAUUGGCAGAUAAGAUAGCUUUGCACUCCCUUUGUAAGCACACACACACACACACACACACAUACACUCUGUGAUGAACCAUUUUGAGUACAGCCACUUCAGCCUGGACAUGAAACAGUACAACUCACUCGACAACUGGAACCCCCACCACACACACACACACACACACACACACACACACACACACACACACACACACACACACACACACACACACACACACAGACAGACACACACACAUACACUGGCAAAGUAUGUAUGCUACCCUGGCCCUGAAGUACAAUCUCAGCUUAGAAACCCCUCUCAUUGAUUUUUCUAACCUGAAGAGGAGGUCAGUUUUUUUCUUCAUACCCAGGGGGUUGUUUUUAUUUUUAUAGCUCUCAAAAGCUCAUCUUGACCCCUUGUGUGGUUUCCACCUCGUCAGCAAACCUGGAACGUUGCAGAGCCUUCUAGUCCCAGUAGAGGGCACUGUGGGCAUUUAGCUCAUCUUGCUGUCAAUCGAGGGGGUUUAACCAAUCCCAAGCCUCCAAACAUCCCCUCCCCUGUCCUCAUCCAAUCAGUGAGAUGCUGACUGGAGCGUCUCACGUUUGUAAAGUAAAUAAAUAAUUGAGAUAAUAUAUACAGAUGAAUAUAGAGUGUAAGAAAAUUGUAUAGAAUUCUCGAAUAGUGGCUUGCUAAAAUUGGUCACCAAAAAUGUUUCUUUUUUAGCUUUUUAUUUUCUCUUUCACCUGUUUUUUUUUUUGUGAUUUACAAAGAUGAAUAGGAUUUGUUUUUGCGUCCUCAAUAUGGGGAUGAAUGUGUCUGUGUUAAAGAGCAAAGGAUUUUGUCUGCAGUUGUAUUUUUCUUUCAUUACCUUCUCUUUUUUUAUGAUGCAGUGGUCUCCCUGUUGACUCUGUUGUUGUUGUUUUAUUUAUUUUAUUUACCUGUUGUUGAGAUGCAUCUCAAAAGUCUGACAACAAUUCAGUUGCCACAUGAUAAUCAGUGUUGAUGUUAAGAGAAAGACACUCCUGUGGACAGGAGGUAGAAAGUGUGUGUGGUAGGAUCACCUUUAUAGAUGGAUGCCUGUAGACUGAGGACAGUCAUUUCAAACAAGCCCAGACACACACACACACACACACACACACACACACACACACACACACUUGUACACGUUCACACCCAUCUGAAGAUGGUCUAUCUGUUCAGCUAGAGAAUCAGGAGCUCCCUUGUGUUUGGCAACUUGCCUGUUUUGGGAUGUUGGACAGAAUAAAAAUCACCUAAACUAGAUCCAUGUGUGCGUCUAUAGUGCCAGUUUAGGACUAACAGAGAGGGGGGCAAAGGCUUUGCAAAGGGGCGAGAGAAUGCCAGAGAUGCCCUCAAGAUGCUCCAUUAUUUACCCUCUGCUAGAUAAUAUAACAAAGGUGUGCAAUCGGCCCCUUGGACUUCAGGUACUUCUGAUACAUAAGCGCAUUUGGUUGCCUAAAAGUGUAACGCAAACCUCCAGACCACCUUGCUUUGCCCCGAGCCAAACACCUGCCCAUCACGUCUGAAGGACCCCGCGCUUCAGCGCCAGAUUGGGGGGGGGGGGAAUUCUCCAGAUCCCCCACCAAAA